AUGACUACUGAAAUUCGUUGUAAACUGGAUAGCCUGAUGCAUGUCCUGUUUCCGAAGAAUUGCUUCGAGGAAAUGGUCAUCAAAUUCAACGUCUUCCAUCCUGAAUGCGCAUCGUUGGUGUUAUCCCGUAUGCUGGGAACGGGUAUAACAGUGGCUUCAUUAAUGUUAUUUAUACCGCAAAUCAUUAAGAUUCACAUGGCUCGUUCGGGUGCUGGUAUCUCACUUUCAGCUCAGUUAUUAGGAUUGUUAUCCUGUUUUGCAACUGCUGCCUACAGUUACACCAAUAAUUUCUGGGGUGAUACGUUAUUCGUUGCAAUCCAAAUGGUCAUAAUCGUGAUGCAAAUCCUCUACUUCUCGUCGUUAUCUGCAUACGCGUUCGCAUUUUUUGCUUUCUGUUGGGCAGCAACAUUUGCUGUCAUUGGUGAUUACAUACCGUUUGCCGUUUUAUACGCUCUUCAAGCCAUCACCAUUCCACUGGUGGUUGCCUCAAAGUUUCUACAAAUUCUGUCGAGCUAUAAAGAAGGAAGUACCGGUCAGCUGUCACUAAUCUCAGUAGCUCUUCAAUUCUGUGGUUGUCUCGCGAGAGUAUUCACAUCUGUUAAAGAAACUGGUGAUUCUCUUGUUAUUGUUACGUAUGUGGUGUCGUCGAUCAUGAAUGCAUUACCAAGACUUGUAUACGUUCGUGUGGUUGAUUACUGGAAGAAUGUCGCGAAUGAUUAUAAAACAGUUUUGGUUGACUUGUUUGAGGAAGCAAAACAAAAACCUCUGAAGAGCACUGUUUUUGGAUUAGCAUUUGGUGUGUUCGCGUACGCGUAUAAAACGAAUCCAUCUGAAAGGGAUAUGCUGAACGCAUUAACAGAACGUCGACAACAAAUGAUUCUGAUACCGAAUUCAAUUCAUAAUCGUGCAACAGAUCGGGAAAUCGCUUCGAGAACAUUAUAUCUUGAUCAGCACCGACUUGAACAUAUCGACUGUUUCUUCUUUUCACUCGCCGUCAGACGACCGCAUGAUCGAUUUGUUCAACUGUAUUUAAAUCAAGAUGUGAAUUUACAAGAUUCUUGGUGGAAAGAGUUAUGGAAGAAUACAAUCGAUGUGGGUGCUUUUGGUCGAUGGUACUCGUUGAACAGAGCAUUUCAGAAUUACGACAUUAACGAUGAAGAAUUCAAUGAAAAUGAUCAAAUUCAAGUGGAAAAUUCAUGA